GGAGGUUAUUACGAUUUUUUUCCCCCAAUUCUUCCGUCUGAACUGAAUUUUUCAAAUAAAAAUUAUAAAAUAAACUGAAUUAGAAAAAGAAAAAUGAUAUCGCCAGCCCGUUUAAUAACACCACAACUGUUGAAACAAACAACCCUAAAAAGAGUUGUUGUCACGUUCUCAACAAAACCCCAACCAAAGGAAAGUUUUGCCGGUAAUACCACAAAAUCUUCAACAACGCAUAGCGCACCCGAACCUAGAAAACCCAUAGCACCGCCCACUUACCGUUUUAUAUACCCCGAAUUCUUACCCGAUCCCAAAGUAGAAUGGCGUAAUCCAGUUAGAGAGAAAUUGGAAAGACUAGACAUGAUUGAUAGACGUAACCAAAUUGAAAUACCCGAAUUCUAUGUUGGUUCCAUAUUGGCAGUGACCAGUACAGAUCCUCAUUCCGCCGGCAAAGUCAGUCGUUUUGUGGGAAUAUGUAUAUUGCGUGAGCGUUGUGGCCUAAGAGCACGUUUCAUUUUACGCAAUGUUAUUGACGAACAAGGCGUAGAGGUCAUGUACGAAAUGUAUGAUCCCUCUAUACAAAAAAUUGAAGUUUUGCGUUUGGAAAAACGUCUCGAUGAUCAUUUGUUAUAUUUACGCGAUGCUUUGCCCGAAUACAGUACAUUCGAUAUUAAUAUGGAGCCGGAAAUUAUGGAGGAAGACUCUCCAGUACCGGUUAAUGAAGUGCAAGUUCGCUUGCGUCCACGUCCUUGGUUGGAAAGAUGGGAAAGACAAAAUCUGAAGGGAGUGGCAAAUGUCGAUGAAUAUAUUAAUGAGAAGAACAGGCGCAAGGCAUUGCAACAUGAAAAACCAUGGGAGAAAUUCGAUUUAAUGAAACAGUAUAGAUCUACCAUACCUGAAGAUGAGCAAAAGGAAAUAUUUGCUGAAGUCUAUUCCCAGUUACAUCAAAUGGAAUUGCAGCGCAAGAGAAACAAACGUAAGAGGUCGUUUGUGAAGCCAACAAAAUUGGCAUAAACUCGUUUAAAACAUGUGUAUGCGAAUGAAUGUAUUUCAAGUUGUUAAAAAUAAA